AUGUCUGGUCAGUGGUUAUUGUGGAUAUAUUGUGUUAUCUACGUGAGCACACACCGAUGUUUGCUGGCGGCCUCCAUCAAUGUACAGUCCAUCGAGGACAACUGUGUGCUCAGUUUCAUCAUUCCCAGGGAUAAGAUCAAAUCUUCCUGUGACCACAAUGACCAGGUCAGACGUCAUAUCAACGUCAUGGAGAUGAAGGUCAACCUGUACAAGCAACAGGUGACAGAGCUGCAGAUCCAGUUGGACAAGAUGAGACAGAUCAACAAUGAAAGGUACCAGCUUCUGGAGAGACAGGUGACUGCCAUCAGCGCUAAUAUGGAUAUGAACUUUCUGCUAGAGCACAAGGUGAACCGCUUAGAGACGGAGGUUCAACAGUUAAAUAUAGAUGUAACAACCGCCAAAAUGAAAAAGCCUGCCAUAAAACAAGCCUCACAACAGGAUGACCAGACCGCGCCACCAGACUCCAAUCUCCCAGAUCUAUCACACAGUAUUCAAUCUAUGAUUCAAAAUGAAGUGAAACUUUUCGCUGACGAUUUGACCAACAAGUUUCAAACGUAUAUCCUAGAACAAAUAAUGCUGUACAAUAAAGUUUUCAGCAGCGAUCUGAAAGAAAACGGCCUUUCCCGUGUCCAUGAAAACUUCACACAGUUAGCUUCAAAGUUAUCUUUAGAUAAAGACGUUAGCGAACCCAUGGAAGGAAUUAGGAGGCUCAUUCACAGAGACAGAAUGUUAGGAGAAGAAUUUAAAAACCUUAAGGUGACUAACGCCGGUUAUCAAAAUGAAAAGCACAUUAGUUCUGUGAAGAGCAUUGCCAACGACAAGUCCCGGAACGCUACUGGCAAUGCAGGGGCAGUUCGUUCCACCAUACCUAGGUACAAGCGACACCAUGUAAUAACCGACCCGCAGUCAGAAGACACUGAUGAUGCAAUAGAUAACAACGAAUCAUUUAGCGGGGAAAACCCUGACCUUAACGAUACCUCGCCCAACGAUCCCUUCUCACAAGCGGACCACGAUACUUCCAGCAGCACCUCCUCGAGAAUAAGCCAGACAACAGAGGCAGAUGCUAACUCUACAGGCUCCGAAUGCGGAAACAGAGACACGGGACGCGCUUCGGCAACAAACUUACAUCUUGACCAAUGCAACAACAGAAUAAAUGAGAUGGAACGAAAACUGAGAAAGGAAUUCUCUGACAUAAUAUACUCACCGCUUGCAGAAGUUGUGAGACUCAUAGAAAAAUUGAAAGAUGAUUUUGAGAAGCAAAUACUGAAUCAAGAGAAAGUAUCUCAGCAAGCCAAUAAACAACUAACAGCACAUAUUACAGAACUUCAAAAUAACGUACAAGCCACUCAGCUGGACCUGCGUGGUAUGUCUCAAGAUAUGCAAGAGUCGAGGGCAAAAUUAGACAAGGUAAAAGUACUGGAGGAACUUGUCGGCGAUAUAAUCAGGAACAUUUCAACUAAUGCUCGGUCAGAGUCCGACCUGGAGAAUGAAGAACAGGGUAAACGGAUUAAAAAAUUGGAGCGACUCAUGGGCGUGUACCAGCAGUCCUUACAGCAUUAUCGAAACGAAACAAAAUAUGAGUAUCGGGAAAUGCGAAUGUCCCUAGAGAAGGAAAGUGACACAUUAAAGUUGUAUACAAAAGCACUACAGGACAAUCUCAACGAAACCGUCACUUACGAGAUGAUCAUAUUAAACAAUUCCUACAACAAGAAACUGCAGGAGAUCAACGAACAGAUACGCGCGCACGAAGAAGCUCUACUACUCGUUCAAACGGAUAUUCAAAACGCAGAGAAACGACUAGAAAGCAAGCCAAAACGCUCCGACCGCGACUUUGAUGAAAUGCAAGAGACCAUCAAUCAACUGAAUUUGAAGCAAAAGAAUUUGACGAAAAGACUGGAAAACCUUGAACAGACCCAAGGUAACAUGAAUGAGAAAAUUAGCGUGUACGCUAAAGAUAUUGUGUCGCUACAAACGGAAUCAAAACUUAACACGGAUGAAUGGUUACCGCUGACAUUUCAUUUCGAUUCGUCUAGAACCGACUGUUUUGGAGACCAGUAUGUAAAACGUACCGGUUAUACAAAAGCUAAGUACGUGGGCGUAGUUCUGUGCUCCGAGACUCGCUACAAGAUUUUCUUGUCUUCUUCGCUGAACGGAACAUUCAUGAAUGUGGGCGACGCUAACGGCAUGGGAGAGGAUCACUGCGAGUUCGUGGGAGCAAACAGGGAUGCCCCCGUACAGCUGAGUGCCUUCAGGCUCACGUUUGGAUCAGUGCAAGGUUUUGUGAGAAAUCACUGGGGACAAGACGCAGUGGCAACCUACCUGAACGCCAUCAAACCAUCGCCUCACUGGUACGAGUGUGGAGUGAAGAUUCCAUAA